AUGGAAGAAGAACCAGCUGUACCACCAUCAAAACCCAAAAUGCCAUUUCUCCGAAGCAAGGUCCCAAAGAUGUCCCAACAACCACAUACAAUUCUACCCAAGUUGUGUAUUAUUUGCAAAAAGCUAACUAAAAGGACUAAGAUUAAGGGAAAGUGGGUGCAUGAAUCAUUGUCUAAAGCAGAAACAUCAGAUGCAGGUAAGAUUGAGAUAAAAAGCCCAAAGCAGAAGGGAUGUUCAGUAUGUGUGUAUUCUUAUCACGUUGGUUAUUUUCUGCUUAAAAUAUAAUGAUUUAUAGUCAACUUAUCAAGUGUAGUCUAUCAAAGGCACACAAAUGCACACAUUUUCCCACUUUUUAGGCACACAUUUUCAAAGGCACACAUUUCCUCACUUUUUAGGCACACAUUUUCAAAGGCACACAUUUUCAAAGGCACACAUUUUCCUACUUUUUAGGCUAGCUUCGUAGUGCUGCUGAAAGGAUAGAUGACGAAACUAUCUUGAAGGACAUUAGAGGAAAAGACUGUUCAUGUAUUGAGGUCCAGUACCAUAAGAGCUGCUACAAUGAUUAUGUCCGUGUUUUAAAAGGAAAUGACUCUGUUGGUGAAAAGUAAGUUUUGAUUUUUAUAGUUAAUUUUUAUAGAUAAUGUUUCAGAUGUCUUUGUUGUUGUUUACCUUCACUUGAAAAUUAACAAUACAAAUAGGAAAUAAAGUACAUUUCUUAUUUAGGGACGGACCAUUAGAAAAGUGAUGGGGGGGGGGGGCAAAAACCCCCCAAAAAAAUUAUUCCCAGAAACAAAUUAGAAAAAAAAAAUCUUCCCAGCCAUAGUGCAAAAAAAGAUCCUUCCUUGGAAGAUAGGCCUAUAAAUUUUAAUUAAAAAAUAUAUAUUUCCAGCCAUCAAGUGAGAAAAAAAAAAUUUCUUCUAUAGGUGUACAAAAAAAAAAAUAUUGCCCCUUAGAAAAUCCCCCCUCCCCCCCAUCACUUAUCACUUUUCUAAUGGUCCAUCCCUUAUGGUUACAUGUUACGUUUUAGGAAAACAAACUUCUUUUCUGAGCACAAAGCAGGUUAUGAUGCUUUCUGUAAAAUAGUGAUCAAAGAAAGGUUAGAAGUGAAUUGUGAGAUUCUGCGCUUGACGAAAUUGCAGCAACUACUUCUCAAACAUAUACAGCUUGAAGAACUGUGCACCUAGAAAACAUACGGUAUGGGCUUAUAUAUCAUUAUAUGCAUUAAUUUAUUAUUUUAGAAACAUUUUUUUUGUAAAAAUGUCACAUCUCUUGAUUGUCUUAGUUGGAUAAUUACCCAUUUUUUCUCUUUAAGAUCUGAUAUGUUGAGAGUGAGAUUACAAAGGGAUUUUGAGCAACUUGUGUUUCACAUUCCCAGGGCUCGAAAUAACGGCCGAUCAACGAUCAAUGAUCGGCAGGAAAUUUUUUUUGAUCGGUGAAGAAUCAACGUUGCCGUUCACCUUGAUCGGCAAGAAAUAUAUUUGAGCAUUGUCUAAAAGACAUGCUUACCUGUACACGGUAAAAGACAAAUAAAAGUAAACAUAAAACACAUUUAAAAACACGCGAAAAGCUCUUGUAUAGUUGAUACGAGUCAUACGACAGGAAAGGCAGCAAUACUGUUCUCGCUCUAAAGUAAUUAAUUUACUUUUAUUAAAACAAAUUUACACGAAAUAUUGUCGUCUUUUCAACAGUACAGUCUGCAAUCCGAACCGCUGACGACGAACGUAUCUUUGUAUAAUAAUUUCAAAUUGAUAGGAUUUUUUGAGUAGGAUUUUUUAUUUUUAGUAGGAUUUUCUCUUUUAAUAUAAAAUAAUAAGUUUUAGUUCUUAAUUGAUAAUGCUGCUGUGUUUCUUGCUUUUGUGUGAAAAAAUGCAAUGGUAUAAUUAAAACUGUGUGUUAAACUAAAGUGUUAUAAUAAAAUAAAGUUUAUUAAGCACUAGUUAAAUAUAGUUACACUAUUAGUAGUGUAUAUAUAAGUCCACAAAUGUCAUAGAUUUAAACUUCAAUUUGAAAUAAAGUUAAACUUCAAAUGUGUAUUCAAUGCCCACUGGCAUAUUUAGAAUUUUUUGAAGGAAAUGAAGGUAAAUGCUCCUGAUCGGCCAGAUUUUUAUUUGAUCGGCAAAAAGUCCUCAUUGCCGAUCACCAUGGUCGGGAACGUUGCGAACGUUAUUUCGAGUCCUGCAUUCCAUCAAGAAGGUUUGUAAAUCACUCAGUGUUUUUCGUUUAUAAGUGUGAAAACAUUAUGAUCAAUGCUAUACACUCAAAUAGAACUAAAAUUAUAUAUGUUUUUGACAAUUAACAUGCCUGUACUGAUAAUACCGUAUUCGUUUAGGAAUGAAUCCACAAUUGUAUAUUGUCAAAAUGUAACAGCUGGUGACAUAGCACAGCAGUACUUGCCUAGAAGUCAAGUUUCUAGUGUUGAAGAUGAAAGUGAUGAAAAUGACUCUUCAGAAGUUUUAGAAAAUGAGAUUAGAAGUAGUAGAAUUGACAGGCAUCAAACAAGUCAGGAAGGCAGUUCUGAAAAUACAUUUAAAGAAUUGUUUAUGUCAGGUUAGAAUUUUUAGAUUUUUUAGUGGUGUAUUAUUCUAAGGAGUACAAAUAUACUGCAAUAUUUGGACAGUUUGUUAUUUGGUUUAGUUUGUUACAAGCUUAUUUGGUUAGCCCAUCAAAUUUGUUGCAUGAAUUCGUUGUUUGUAUUUGACUCGACAAACGAAAUGUAUAAAUGGGUACAAAAUUAAUGUAUAAAUUACGAAAUUAUUCAAAUUUAUUUGUCCUUCCCUCAAACGUAUAAUCCUAUACAAUACUCUUUACAACUUUACAACAGAGUGACAUUUUUCCAUUUUAAAGGUGUUUAUUUAAAGAACAAAAUAAACAAUGUCCAGCCAGAGCAGAGGAAAUGGCCCCCUAGAAGUAAAGACCUCAUUAAGACUAAUAUGGUACCAGUUGAACUAUUCAACCAUAGAUGCUCCGUCUCCUGACGGCUACGGCUGGUCUGUCAAAGACGGUGUUAUUGAUGUUGUGUGGAAGACCAAACCUGCGGCUCCAGAAUGUCUACUGAAGGUUGUUAAAUGUGGCUGUAAGACUACCAAGUGCAUUAAGGGUGGCUGUUCAUGUUUAAAACGAACAAAUUGUUAUGUACAGACAUGUGCAGAUGCAAGGACUGCGGGAAUGGGAAAGAUGACAACGAAACCGAAGUACCCGAUGAUUCAUCUCAAAUCAGCGCCGUUGAGGAUGACUUGGAUUUGCCACCCUUUAGUACACAGCCAGAAAUCUCACAGGCCUGUCGCAAGCUGUUGAUUUUACCGGCG